GUCCUCCGCCAUGUUUUCAGAUCUUCAGAGAGGUGUGUAGUUCACUAGACACACACACACAGAGGAGGGCUUGCUGCUUUUUUCUUUUGUUUGACCUCCUCUGCAAAAAUGCACGCCUCACCUCUAUUUCCUCAAGCUUCCUUACAACCCAUAACACCUUUCGAGCCGUAAAUCUGACAACCCUUUCCAUGUUUGAGGGACUUAACGGAAGAUUAUCAUUAGCUCCUCAAAACAUCUCGGUAUGUUCUCUAAAAAAACUCAUGGAGAUGUCAGGAAAUCGACACAGAAAGUGCUGGACCCCAAGAAGGACGUGCUGACAAGAUUGAAACAUCUGAGAGUCGUUAUUGAAAAUGCAGAGCCUGCUGAACUCAAACACCUCUUCGAGCAGAAUUACUCCCACAUCUACUAUGUGUUCUUUGAAAACUUCGUCACCAUCGAGGUUAACCUGAAACAGAAAGGUCACAAAUCACAACGAGAAGAGCUUGAUUCUAUUCUUUUUAUAUUUGAGAAAAUCCUACAGCUGUUGCCAGAGCGAAUACAAGGAAGAUGGCAGUUCCACAGCAUAGGUCUCAUUCUGAAGAAACUGCUACACACUGGAAACUCCCUAAAGAUCCGGAGGGAAGGGGUGCGUCUCUUCCUUCUGUGGAUGCAGGCUCUGCAGCACAACGCUCUGAGAGAGCAGCUCUGGAUCUUCGCCUGUGUAAUCCCAGGAUUCCCUGCACCACAGUCUGAGCUAGGCCCUCGAACCCUGGAUAAUCUGAUCAGCCCUCCCCUUAACCUUCAGGAGCGUGAAGCUCAAGUGACUCCAGAGGAGAUCAGUCCCCUGGUGCCACCCCAGUCAGGAGAUAAAUCCCAGGAAGAUCUCACUGGCUACUUCCUUGAGGCUCUACUUAAAUACAUGGUAAACCAGGCCAAAAGUCUAGAGUGGAAAAUGAAGGAGAACCACGAGAAGGGGUUCUCCUUCCUAUUCGCCAAUUUCAAAAAAUAUUACCUGGCCCAUAUCUUCCCCAACUUCUCCAAGGAGACCAGUUUGUACAAUCCUAUUCUGGAGGUUCCAUCUUUGAGACCAAAGCCUUACUACAUAGUUGUAAAAAGAGACCCAGAGACCAAUGAAGCCCUGUACUGCACUAAAGAGAACUUCCUCAAUGCCAGAGUCAUAUUUAUCCGCUGGCUGGUCUCCUUCUGGCUGGAGCCGCGGUCAAACACAGGAACACACAUCCCUGGCAUGGAAGGUGAAAACGUGCCAAAGAACAUCCAGAGAGCGGCGGCAGGCCUGGCCGCCCGAGGGGAGGAUGGCGGCCUGAGACCAGAUGGUCUGGAUGGGGGUGGGAGUGGUGAGCCGGAGCAGUCGCACUCCAACACCAGCACCCUGACGGAGAGAGAGCCCAGCUCCUCCAGCCUCUGCAGCAUGGACGAAGAACACCUCACAGACAUUGAGGUGGUGCGCAGAGUCCUUUGCUCCUCCAGAACCAAUGUCAACUUUAUCACUGAAAUCUUUCGACAGGCGUUCCUGCUGCCCAUGUGUGAGGCCGCAGCCAUGCGUAAGGUGGUGCGGGUGUAUCAAGAGUGGAUCUCUCAGCAGGAUAAGCCUGUGUUUAUGAGAGAACCAGAGGAAGACCAAUUCACAGGCCAGCCGGACUCCACCCACGAGCAGAGAACUGAUAAAGAGGAGGAGGAUAUUGGGCUCACAGUGUCCAUUCACAGUCGAAACCCUAAUUGGUGUAGGAAUUCUGGGAGUAAAUCCUCUGAUCCUGAGGUAUUGGAAUAUAAUGUCCAUGCUGGUGUCCAGGCCACACUACAGGUUUUCAUCACCAACUCCUCUAACGUCUUCCUUGUGGAGUCAGCCAAUGAGCUGAAGUCACUUCUGGAAGAGCAUGUUGACAUGUGCAAGCGUGUACUCAAUAUAUACCGCAGUCUGGUCAUGCAUGAAACCAUGAGCCAGAAGACCUGGGAGCAGAUCUUGCUGGUGUUGCUAAGAGUAACGGAGUGUGUGAUGAAGAGGCCUCCAUCUAUUAUGCCUCAUGGGAAGAAGAGUAACACUUUAUCGGGCCGUUUGGCGGGAGCCAUUUUUCAGACUCUGAUCGUGGCCUGGAUCAAAGGGAAUCUGAAUGUGUACAUCUCUCGGGAGCUGUGGGACGACCUGCUGUCUGUACUCUCAUCUCUCACCUGCUGGGAGGAGCUGGUCACUGAGUGGUCUCUCACCAUGGAGACACUCACCAAGGUACUAGCACGUAACCUUUACAGCCUGGACCUGAACGAGCUGCCCCUGGACAAGCUCAGUGAACAGAAACAGAAGAAACACAAAGGCAAAGGUGGCGCCCACGAGUGCCAGAAAAUCACUGUGGAUAGGUCGUUCUCCAAAGGCUGGAGUCGAGACCCACCAGGCCAAGCUGCUGUCAUGAGACAGCGCAGCGCUACCACUGCUGGCUCACCAGGCAUCGAGAAGGCCAGAAGCAUCGUCAGACAGAAGACAGUGGCUCUGCGUAGUUGCUCUACGGGGGACAGUCUGCUGUCCUCAGCCUUUAUCCGCAGUGCUAAAAGCGCACCUGUCCUGAUCCACCCCGUACACCCUCUCCUGCCUGGUUCUGUCCUCACUCCCCUAGCUGACGAUCUGUCAGAUAUGGAGGAACCUCCAAUGGCCCAACGGGGGCCCCGGAUCCGCCACUGCUCUCAAAGUGAGGAGACCCCGUCGUCCGAGGUGUUUUCUGCCUCCGGCGAGCUGGAGCAGCCCCCACUCCCCCGCAGCAGCAGCGCCUCUGACAUCAUGGAGCCCUUCAUCGCAGAACGGGUCAAAGGUGCACUUCCUGUCUCUGACAGCCCCUCUCAUUCCUCCCACUUAACCACCACCACCUCUGAGUCCCCCCACAGUUCCCUAACCCCACACCAACCCCCUGACAGCCAGGUAUCCCUGGAGGUGAACGAAAGCAUCUAUGACCAUCUCUGCCAGAUGCCGGGGCAGGAACCCCCAUUUAUCCCCGAUUGGUCCUGUCCAGCGGCAGCCUCGAGCAAUCAAAACGAGGGCGAAGGGGAGGAGGACGUCUUCAGCACUUUUAGGGAGUUUUGUAGCAAGCAGGAAGUGAAGGUGGAAGCAGGUGCAGAUAACAGGCAGGUACAGUUUGGGGGAAGUGGGGAUUGGGCGCUAGAAUGGGAUAAAGAGAUGGAGCAAAGCGAGAAGAGUUUUUAUGAGUGUUUAGAAGAAUGUGAUUGGGAUUUGAGUGUUAGUACGCAGCCAGCAGAGGGCAGCAAAGUCACGCAGCUGCACCACCAGAAUGCCACAGACAGGGCUAGUGAGAGCGAGCUUAGUCCGCAGGCUUCCCAGGUUGUCCAAAGGCCCAAACUAUCCCAUGUUGAUCCCAAAAAACGCCACAGCGGUGGUGUCCACGUCAGCUUCCGCCCAUCCACAGAGUCUGUGCAGUUUCACAACCCCCUGGACCCCAAAGAGGCGCACUGGAAGACCCGUCUCCGCCGUCUUGGCCACUUCAGCAGCCACUCGGUUGGGGCGAGCGGGGCAGCAGCGAAGGGUGUUGGGGAGGGGGUCACCUGUUGCGAGGCCGUCGAACGGGAUAAAGGCUCCAUCAGUGGGGCUAGACGCGGCCGACUCGGCAGGCCAACCGUCUGCCCGCAGGGAUCCCGCUCUAGGUCUCAGGAGUCAGGGUGCAGCCCGUCACGGCAGCAGCAGGUGGCGCUGCUGGGCGGGGUGUAUAAGUCUAUGGUCCAUGCUCUCUCCAAACCCAAGGCCCAGGCAGUGUCACCCCAGCGUCACAGCAAAACGCCAGCCACCGAGGCUCACCUGAAGGACCUGUACACUCACGUAAUGGGCUAUUUUGGAAGAAAAACUUCAGCCAAUAAAGAUGAGCUGACGCCGAAGAUGCGGCCCAUGUCCAACGAUGUUGGCAGCAGCAACCCUAACGACAGUGACCUCAUGGAUGAGUUCAUUCAGGAAAGACUGAGAGCCAGAAGCACUUCUGGCAUGACGAGGCGUGGGAGUAGCCCGGGAAGUCUGGAAAUCCCCAAAGAUCUACCAGAGCUCCUGAACCGUCAGAAUGCUACGCGUCCUGCAGACGACCCCGGUGUGCCCUCUGAGUGGACCUCCCCAGCCAGCGCCAGUGGAAGUGACCUCAUAAGCUCCGACAGCCAGUCAGAUUCCUUCAAUGCUUUUCAGUAUGACAGCAAGUUUGAAAAUUUCAGCUUCCCCCCUGAAACGUGUGCUCUGGCCUCUGUGGAUCAGGAUAGUUUGGGAGGAGCAGGACAGACCACAGAGGAGCAGGAGCUUUCCAGUCUCACAACAAUCCACAUCGACUCUGAGACCAGCAGCCUCAGUCAGCACGGGCUGUCUGCUGACACGGUCACCAUCACUGGUUCUGAAAGCGCAUCUCCAAUGCAUUCUCUGGGAGGUUCACGAUCGCAGACACCGUCCCCUGCCACACUGACUGCCGAACACGUCCAGCAUAAAGAACUGCAGCUGGAUGAGAAAAUGCACCACUCUGUGCUGCAGACCCCUGAUGACCUUGAAACCAGCGAAUUUCCUACAGAGGACUGUAGUGUGAUGGCUGGUGGCACUCUGACCGGCUGGCAUGCUGAUGUUGCCACAGUGAUGUGGAGGAGAAUGCUUGGCAUUCUGGGAGAUGUCAACUCCAUCAAGGACCCUGAGAUCCAUGCGCAGGUCUUUGACUACCUCUGCGAGCUCUGGCAGAACCUGGCCAAGAUCAGAGACAAUCUCGGGAUUUCCCUUGACAACCAGUCUUCUCCACCCCCACCAGAUCUGAUUCCACCUUUGCGGAUUCUGACUCCCUGGCUUUUCAAAGCCACUAUGUUGGGGGAACGCUAUAAGCAGGGCAAACUCCACGCCUAUAAGCUCAUUUGUAAGAUAAUGAAGAGAAGACAGGAUGUUUCACCCAACUCUGACUUCCUUACGCACUUCUACAACAUCAUGCACAGCGGCCUGCUUCAUCAAGACCAGGACAUUGUUAACACCAUCAUUAAGCACUGCUCACCACGAUUCUUCUCCAUUGGACUUCCGGGAGCCACUAUGCUGAUCCUGGACUUCAUAGUUGCAGCGAGCCGUGUCACCGCCUGCUCAUCCCUCAAUGCUCCACGGGUGGAGGCUCAGAUUUUGUUGGGCUCCCUGGUGUGCCUCCCAAACUUGUACAGUGAACUCCCCGCCCUGCACCCUACAACAGCUGACAUCCUCAUGACGAAAUUCACAGACGUCAAGGAGCAUAUAAUCAAGCAUAUCCUGACCUCUGCCAGAGAUGAGCCUUCUGCACCAGCAAGGUGUGUGGCUCUCUGUAGUCUGGGUAUUUGGCUCUGUGAAGAGCUGGUUCAUGGCACUCAGCAUCCGCAGAUCAAAGAAGCACUCAAUGUCAUCUGUGUCACCCUCAAGUUCUCAAAUAAAACCGUUGCCCUGGUGGCCUCGGACAUUUUGCACCUGCUCAUAAAUUAUGUGGACGAACUGCAGAAAUUCCCGCCGGACACUCCAAAGAAAAUAGUGGAGGUCCUUAUUGCAACCAUCACUUACCUUCUUCCAGCUACAGAGUCUUCCCCUCAUGAGCUGGAUAAGAGGCUGGUUGUGUCUCUGCUACUGUGCUUGCUGGACUGGGUGAUGGCUCUACCUCCCAAAACUCUCCUGCAGCCGAUCCAAAGAGCCUCAGACAAUGAGAAAACUGACAAGUCCAUACUCAGCUGCAUCUAUAAAGUCCUCCAUGGCUGUGUAUAUGGAGCUCAGAGCUUCAGCAACCCCAAUUACUUCCCCAUUCACCUGUCAGACUUGAGCAGCCCAGACUACGACCCCUUCCUACUACUGGAGAACCUGAAGGAGCCAGAGCCACUCCAUUCACCUGACUCUGAACGCUCCUCUAAACUGCAGCCUGUCACUGAAGUGAGGAGCCGUAUUCAGCAAGGCCUGAUUUCAAUUGCGGCACGCACAGUCAUAUCCCACCUGGUCAACCACCUGGGUCACUAUCCGAUGAGUGGUGGUCAGCCACUCUUACCAGCCAGGUAUGCGAGAACCAGGAUAACCCAUACAGCGAGAGUGCAGACCUGACACCUGAGCUUUUCGACGCACCCAACUUGCAGUUCUUCGUGCUCAAUGGCACCACCCCUGCUAUC